AGUAUGACGUGCGACACUCACAGUUGGCCGACCGGUCACAUAAUGUAAGGAGCAAUUACCAGACCUGUGAUAUCUAAGAGGAUAUUCUUCAUUCACUUCUUCAUUUAGUCUCAAGAUUCACAACAGCUGGGACUGAGACAUCAAGGCUCUUCAUUUUAAAACUGAUAUUUCCUGUAUAAAAAAACGGGCAUUAGAUAAGAGAGAAGAGUCUAGAAGAAGGGUCACUGUCCUCACCAAAGCGGACACCUGUCUGGAUCUCUGAAUCACUUUAAACGCGUUGACAUGAGGAGUUUGCCUUAUUUUUGCCGGGGGGAGGUUGUCCACGGAUUCGGACGGGGAAGCAAAGACCUGGGCAUCCCAACAGCUAACUUCCCAGAGUCGGUUGUGGACAAUCUCCCCGCUGACAUCAGCACCGGCAUCUACUACGGAUGGGCUCGUGUGGAUAACGGAGACAUUCACAAGAUGGUGAUGAGCAUCGGCUGGAACCCUUACUACAAAAACACAAAGAAGUCUAUGGAAACGCAUGUGAUCCACACGUUUAAGGAAGAUUUCUACGGUCAGAUAUUGAGUGUGGCAAUGGUUGGCUACAUUCGCCCUGAGAGAGGAUUCACAUCGCUUGAUGAGUUGAUAGCAGCGAUUCAUGGUGACAUUGAAGAGGCGAAGACAAAGCUGGACCUGCCUGAGCACUUGAAACUGAAAGAGGAUAACUUCUUCAAGACGUCAGUAUCAACAACAGCCAAUCAGAUCUUGAACGGCCAUCGACUGUAACACUCACUUUCAUGAUCACCUGUAUUUAAAGCCUGUUUAUUCCAUAUGCAAUUUGUUAUUUAUGUAAAAAGAUGUCUGUCCCCAAGUGAUGCUUUGGUCAAAUGUAGGCACUAUAUGUGUAUGUAUGUUCAUAUAGUUCAUCAGCUUUGGUUUCUGUGUAUAUAUAGAUAAAAGAAGGAUUUCAGUUACUAGAAUGACUGAGGUAUUAUCAAUGCAGUUCACAGGUUAAACGUCACAGAGCCCUUCCCAGAAUUCCAUGUUUACCACAGACCUCACGCAAUGUGAGUCAGGGAGAGUCAAAAUAUAGUCCUCUUUAGUGUGAUCAUUUUGCCUCCACCUUCAGUUUAAUUUCAUUAUUGUUUAAGAAAGACUCUUUACAUCAAUAAAAUGCUUUAACAAUAGUCAAAAUCGGCGGUCCUCCUCUUUGAGGUGAAAUUAAUGUUUUUUAUGGUUCUCAGAGAACCGUGAGUAGAGGUGGAAGUCCAAGGUUGAGAUAAAGAGUUAAAGCCUAGGUUGUUGUACUUUGAGUGUACAGACAGAACAAACAGUGAAUGAAGACACUAUCUGGAUGUGCAUAAGUACUGAAAUUAUUCCAGUGGUCUUAAAUAUUGGUGUGUACAGAAAUGCUGUACAUAUGUUUUGACUAUGUAUAUAUGCACUAUAGUACUAAACCUUCACAUAAAAUAACGGCUGCCUUUUUUCUUUUCA